AUUUUAUGACAUCGGUGAAGCUCUGGUCAUGUGACAGCGCGUGUGUGUCGUCAGCACAGACCGAAGACGCGACGACACAGCGACGGGUAGUUUUUGUGAGCGUUUCUGUUAUUCAGACACAAUAUUUUUGCUUCUAAAGAGCCUGUAACGAGGGGAAUAAAGAUUGACGCUGCUGCUAAAUAAAUAUCCCUUCACAUCAUGUCCCAGGACAAGAGUGGAUACCCAGUAAUGGGUGAGACCAACCCACUCCAUAACAAUGUCUAUGGUCCACCUCCUCAACCAGGCUUUGGUAUGCCCCCUCCAAACUACAACCAAGCCCCAGGUCCGUACCCUCCAGCACCUGGUUUCGGACAGCCAGGGUUUGCUCAGGGUGCUCCUGGCUUUGCCCCUGGUCCCUACCCACAGAUGCCUUAUCCUCAGAUGCCGUACCCCCAGGGACCAUACCCUCAGGGGCCGUAUCAGCAAGGACCGGCACAGCCGGGUUUUCCUGCAGAUCCCAACGCUAUGGGUAGCCCAGGCUAUGGUGAUGGACCACCAUCUUACUACGACAAUGAUGAAUUCACCAAUUCUGGGUUUGAAGAUAAGACAGUUCGACAAGCCUUCAUCAGAAAGGUCUUCAUGGUACUCACCGUACAGCUGCUGGUCACAUUCUCUUUUGUUGCUGUGUUCACUUUUGUCGAUGAUGCCAAGUACUUUGUACGAAGUAAUCCAUGGACAUACUAUGUAUCCUAUGCAGUUUUCUUUGUGGCUUUAAUCGUCCUGAGUUGCUGUGGUGACUUCCGCCGCAAACACCCUUGGAAUCUGGUUGCACUGUCUAUCCUGACCUUGAGCCUCUCCUAUAUGGUGGGAAUGAUUGCUAGCUUUUAUGACACAGAGACGGUGAUCAUUGCAGUGGGGAUCACGGCUGUGGUCUGCUUCACUGUCGUUCUCUUCUCCCUACAGAGCAAGUAUGACUUCACUUCCUGCCGGGGUGUGCUGUUUGUGUGCCUGAUAGUCCUGAUGCUUUUUGCUAUCCUCUGUAUCUUCAUUCGUCACAAGAUCUUGCACAUUGUCUAUGCCUCUCUGGGGGCUCUGCUCUUCACUUGCUUUUUGGCUGUGGACACUCAGUUGCUACUGGGAAACAAGAAGCUUGCAUUAAGCCCUGAGGAAUACAUUUUUGCUGCUCUCAAUCUCUACACUGACAUUGUCAACAUUUUCCUCUACAUCCUAGCUAUUGUGGGACGUUCUCGUGAAUAAGUGGUACCUUGAAGAAAGAAGAGGGCUUGAGAAAUGCAUGUCCUUUGUCAUAACCCAUCUACUCAUUGCUUGUUCUUUUUUGUCACACUGGUUUUAAAGAAAUGAAACAAGUUGUAAAGAGCAACUGAUAACAUGCUUCUUGCAAGUAUGAAUACUUCACUGACCCUUUUAUCUUUUACUAACAUACAAGACUGUAUUUUGUUCGCCAGUCUUUCAGUUCUCAUUUACUCCCACAUUUACUGAAGAAAUAACACGAAGGAGUUUCAUGUUAGAUACACUGGGUUUUAGCUUACUUGUGUGACAAACUAUCUGCUUGGCAGCACUGAGAACACAACUGUUUAUUCUCCUGUCUGCCAGGUAACUUUGCUGUAUAUAGUUGUUAGUGUAAUGCCAUUUCCUUCUGGCUGCUGAAAAGCAUGUAGAAGCAAUUCUUGUGAUCUUUUGCUUCAUGGGAAAAUGCACUCUGCCACUCUUAAAACACUGGUACAUUAAUAAUAACUAUAUUAGGUGUACUGUACAGCAUUUACAAUUAAGAUCACUGUUUAUUUCCUAAGGAUGUAGAAAUAUGUUUUAUUUAGUUUUUAUUUGUAUUAUUAUUAUUUAAUCAACUUUCUUUUAGUCUGGUCAGUAUCUGAAAUUUGUGUGCUGUAUUUAUUCCCCCUCCCAAUGUGAAAUGGGCACUGGUAUUAGUAAACUUGACUAACUUUUGAUUGUGUUUUGAUACAGUGAAGGAAUUGUUCAUUUUAAAGUUUGUAGCAGGGUUGCAUCCAAAGUUCAAUACAGGUAAUAUUUGGCUAUAAUAUUGUUGGCUAUAUAUUGUUACUGGUGGACAGUGGGCACACAUCACCAGGUUGCUUAUAAAUCAAAUUAAAGUGAGAUGUAAAAAUCUAGACUACA